UCAUUUUUGGUAUCAUUUGACUCCGAAAAGUCAAAGGAAGUAGACGUGUGUUGCUUUAUUUUGCCGCUUUUCUUGUACGUUUUGCUAAAAUAAGGAAAUUACAUUUUUUUUGUUAACAAUUUUUGGAAUUAAGUUUUUUCGUUAUCAUUUCGUUCGGUUGUUUCGUUACUUGGUUUUCGUUUUGAAAAUUGGUUUUUGUUUUGUUUUUUUAAAUCAAAGAGUGGAAAACACGGACAACGGUCGGACAAACGUACAAAUAUCAAAAAAAGAGAAACAAGAAACUGUGAAACGGUGUGAAAGUAAAUUGGUUUUUUUUUUUGAAGAAAUAUUUUCGUUGAUAAUUGUUAGUGACAUUGUGGAAUAAGAACCAAAAACGUGUGCCGGUCAAAAGAGUGUUUUCGGUUUUUUAUUUUUCGUUCAAAUAAAUGGACUCAAUCCAAAAACUCUAUAAAUGCCCCAACCAUCCAUUGUGCGUGAUCUAAAUUCCAAAUAAUGGCAACGAAUGGGGGAACUCUUCAUCAAGGGCUUCCCCCAACACCUCGGAUAAAUCUGAACUGUUCGCAAUGCGGCGUUAUGUUAGACACCGUUGAAUCGUUAAACGUGCACAACAUGCACUACCAUUCCGAUCACAUCAAUCGCUGGGGUCCGCCACCACCAAACGGCGCCGCCAACAAAUCCUCAUCAUCGACCGCAUCGAAUUCGCCGACCGAUUCGGAAAAUAACAAUCAACCCAAGCACAACAUACACAACAUUCAGCAUUCAUCGAAAAGUGUGUCACCGCUGCACAAUACCGUUUCGGCCGCAGCCGAUUCAAGUGAUAAUCAACCGUCGACGACCCAAUCGUCAUCGACCGGUCACGAACCGAGACUCAUUUACGGCGGAUACGGCAUGAGUAAUACGGCACCGACGUUUCAGCAUCAAUUGCCGACCGGCGAUCCGCAUUUUCAGCCGUAUAUUCAGUCGUAUGACCAGUAUUACCACUUUCAUAAUGUUGAAUACGGCAUGCCUCCUCCACCGUUUUUAAAUAGUCAAGCGUCAUCCCAACAAGAGUACAAACCAGUGCCUUCAAACAGAUAUCAUCCAUACAUUAACCACACACUACCGACACAUCCGAAUUCGAUCAACAGUUCUGUGAGUCCGCGAAAUGUUAGCUCGUCGAGUCCCACACAUAACAGUAAUGUUAUGCAGCAACAGCAAUCGACAACAUCGUCGCCAUCGAAUCAAUUGAUACCAACCAGUCAGCCGACACCAUCACCUUCGCCGAAUCAAUGUGAUAAGUGUGGUCACAUAUGUGAAACUGCUAGUCAAUUGGGCGAGCACUAUGCGACUGCACAUGGCAGCGCCGGACACAACGAACCGAAUAGAAAUUCCGGUUCGAAUGAAAACGGUGAAAUCGGCUCAUUUCCGUACAACCACUACAUUAAGGAGGAACAGCCGUGUGACAUUCUGGACCUGGACUCACAGAAAAUGGUUUAUUCACCGAAUGAUGACCACAGUCAACAAGGACCGUUGCCGCCGAUGCAUUCUCUGCAUCAUUUGCAACGACCGUUGCUAUGGUCGCACGAACAUCAUGGACUUCCGUAUUCGCAAGACGUAAAGCCGGUACUGUUUCCGACAACGCUCGUACCGAAACAGGAAUUUUCGUCGGCUGCAAUCAAACAGGAAUACAUUCAUCAUCAACCUCAGAUCGGACAUCAACAAGAUGUGAAGCCAUUUGCUAGUGAUGUCAGUGGAGGACAAGUGACCUCAAGUCCUUCAGAGUUUCCAUCGACGACCACUCCGCAAGAGAACGGUGCACCGUUUCGAACAUCGUUUGAGGCGGCCACCUCAUCGCUGCCAACGAACACAGCAACCGGAAAAAGUUCGUCGUGGAAAUCGAAUGAGGCGCGUCGACCAAAAACGUACAAUUGUACCGCUUGCAAUAAGUGGUUCACAAGCUCCGGCCAUCUGAAACGGCAUUACAAUACGACAUUGCACAAGAAUGCCGUAAAAUCCAGUGGCCAACCAGAUCCGGCCACAAUGCCGAUCAGCAUUCACCAUCAUCCUGCACGCGACACAAACAAAAACAAUCAUCAUCAUCGAGGCAGUCCUGCUCAGGCGCCACAACCACCAGCACCAUCGGAACAAUCGGGCAGUCCGGAAUAUAAUUCACAAUACACGCCGCCGUUGGGGUUUCAACAAACUCAGGGAUUUCAACAGUAUGGAACAGCGCUAGCAAUUCAUUCAACUACAGGGAAUUCCCCAAACGGGCAAGCAGGUCCCUCCGUCCUUGCAUCCCAACCGAGGGGCCUGCUGAUCUUAUUGAACAACACGGGAACUCAACAAGUGCUCCCGGAGGAGGAGCAGCAGCAGCAAACUUUUAUGCAGCAAAUCACUCAAUCCCACACCACCAAUUCACCGGAUCCAUACAGCAUCACCAACCCUAUAACUAUCAACACCAACAUCACCACCACGGCAUUGUCUCCGGACAUCCGGGACCAGGAGCAGUUGGAUCAGAGCUAUCUCACUAUUACUGGUAACAGUUUGGACGGCAGUCACGAAAUGAUUUCGCCGGACACGCCCGACUACAGUUCAAUGCUUCACAUGGUAAACGAUCAGUCCAUGCUGUCGUAUCAAACGUCGGUGCCACGCCACGAGACAACGAUUCGUCGUUUAAUGGGCGGUGUGGCCGCCUACCAAGGUGAUAGUCUGUCGCAACGCUAUGCACCAAAUUCGCCCGACAUUCCAGACUCAUACCAGAAAAUGAUAGGCCGCGACGAUCCGGUCAUACCACAAUCGGCAUCACAGCAUCGAUCACCAUCGGAUAUUGCAUCAUCGGCAUCCCAGGCUUCGUCGACGACGACGGACGAAACGGCAUCAGCGGUGCAUCGGUGCGGUCCGUGUGUUAAGGUAUUUAACAAAGCUUGCUAUUUGACUCAACAUAAUAAGACUUUUCACAGCGGUGAGAAGCCGUACAAAUGUCAGAAAUGCGGAAAACGUUUUCCUUGCGGCCAGUCGCAUGAAGAGCACAUCGCCAAGCAUGGCGCUGUUAAGCCAUUCAAGUGUGAUCAGUGUACGAAAAGUUUCAAUCACAAGACCGAUCUCCGGCGACACAUGUGCUUGCAUACCGGCUCUAAGCCGUACACAUGUUCGAUUUGUCAUAAGGGUUUUAUCCGAAAGGAUCACAUGAUGAAGCAUACGGAAACGCAUACGCGUAAAUCGGCCUUGUUGGCGAAAAAGCACGGCGUUUUAGUGAAAUGAAAUCGAGAGUCAAGUUUUCGUUCGACAGCGAGCCCAUUCAGUCUAAAGUUCUGUGUGAAAAGAAACGAAAAAAGUUUUUUUUUCAAAAUCCAAAUAUUUUCAGCGAAAAUUUUUUGUUUUUUUAUUGUCGCGCUUUAUUCUCAUCAUUCCAUACUCUACAUCCUACUACACACACACUAUACACCUACUGAGCGAAAUGUUUUCCUUUUUAUGAUUUCGCUUAUGAUUUUCAUGUAUAACACACUAGUCGCAAACACUUUUCUCUCUCUACACUGACACACACUUUGCUUUUACAUUAAUUUUUGUUUCAAAAGUUUUCCUCAUUUCUGAUUUUUGAACGGACGUUUUGCUUUUGUAAUUUUCGAAAUUUUUUGGUUUUUUGUUCAAAUAAAUGUUGGAUUUCGAUUUAUAACGUCAGACACACAG